AUGGGGGAAAUAAAGGAUAAAUAAAACAAGAAAGAAUAAUUAUUGGAAUAUUUUUUUAAAACUAUAGAAAUAAAUCCUCAAAAUGAAACUGCAUAUAUUUUGAUUCUUGAUAGGUAUGAGUAAAUGGGUUAUAUAAGAAAGGAAUUUUAUGAUUUAUGCACUCAAUUUUCUAAGAAAAAUCGUUAUCCUGCUGACGCUAGCUUUGAGAUGGCUUAUUCACUUGACCCAUAAAGAUUUUAUCCAGCUUUAAAAUACAAUAAAAAAUUUCUUAAUUCUACUUUUUUUGUUGAUAUUUACAACAACAUAGGAAAUAUAUAUUUUCAAUUGAAAUAUUUAGAAGAGGCUGAAAACUACUUUCUUAAAACCCUACAGUAGGACCCUAAUGAUUUACAAUUCAAUAAAAACUUAAAUAUUGUAGCUGAAUACUCAAAACUAGUAAAUGAAGGUUUUUAUCCCUUUGAGUAUAAUAGUGAUUAAAAAGAUGAUAAUAACGAUGAAGAUGGUGUAUAAAAUCAAGAAGAAGAACAAGAACAAUAGGAAGAAGAAGAAAAAGAUUAAGAAAUCAAUCAAGAAAAUAAUAAAAAAACAUGA